GUAUUCCACAGUCAAAGGAUGCAAACAAAUAUGUCAGUGAUAAAUAAUUCUCUAUCUAACUAUGGCAAUUGCACUAGAAUUAUGAUUAUGAACAAUCCGACCUUAGAUCUUUUCAAGAUGAUCCUUUUACCUUCAAUUUUACUUUUUGGUACAAUUUUCAAUGGUAUAGGUAUAUGGGUUUUCUAUUUUAAAAUGAAGACUUAUACAGAGACAAGAGUGUUUAUAAUGAACCUGUUAGUAAGUGACUGUUGUUUGCUCAUCACUAUUCCCUUCCGUUUCUACGAUAUAUUUGGAUGGCAGAUGAAUGACACAUGUUGUCGAUCCAUCCGGUCUUCAUACUUUAUGAACACAUACAUGAGUAUUGCCAUUAUUACAUUAAUAUCUCUGGACAGGUACUUGGCCAUAAAAUUUCCCUUGAGAUCAAGAACUCUUCGUUCUCCUAGGAAGACUGCAGUGGCUUGUGGGAUUUUAUGGUUGCUUUUUUUGUUAACCCGCAUUGUCUUUGAACUAUUCGAUUACAGAGCUCUUCAACCCUUCUGUUUCAGGAAGACCACCUCAAAACCCCUUUAUAAAGCAAUUUACUUUAGCAUUCUGGGGUUUUAUAUCCCCCUGCCCAUAAUAGUGUUCUGCUCCAUCGAAGUUAUCAAAACCCUAAAGACAAAGGACACAAACAGUUUGCAUGAACAACAGUGUAUUCAAAAAUCUAUUUACAUUAUUUCCACCAAUCUAAUUGUUUUCUUGCUGUGUUUUUUGCCUGUUCAGAUUGGAAAUGUUGUACGGUUUAUCAUAGAGUAUUUAAAAUUAGAUUGCUUGCUGAUAAAACAAAUUAAUGAUUAUGUUUAUGCUGCUCAAGGUAUUGCUGACCUAAACUGCUGCCUUGAUGCACUCUGCUACUAUUUAGUGGCCAGGGAAUUUUCUGGGAAAAAAACAAAGUCAACAAAAGCUGAGCCAUUAAAUCAAACUACAGAGCAGACACAACAGUCAAAUUUGUAGGAAUGCAGUAUAAUUACCAUUUUUUUAAUAAGCUAAAAGAUGCCAUCAGUGGAAGUCUUCCUGAAGAUCAGUUUGAACAUUGAUCUUUUUAUAUUCUUCUUUAGAUGCAAAUAUAUGACACAUACCAACUUAAAUGGACAUAUUGUUUUAAUCAAAUAUUGCAGCCAUUCAAAGUAAUCUAGAGUGUUUUGAAAAAUAUCUGACAGAACGUUUUAGUGUUUUUCAGCAAGGCAGAUGGUGAAUUGCAGUCUAACCACAGCUUCUGUCCCUGCCUGACUGAAUAAAAUGCAUUUGUUGCCUUUAAA